AUGGAGCCUAUACCCUGGUCUUCUCACGAGGAGGAGGAGCUGGUGCAGGCACCCCCACCGAGCGGCGGGGUGCGUCCCGGCCAUCUGUGGCAAGGAGAAGAUGCAUCUAAGGGGAUUGAUGAAGGACUCGCACUACCGGAGACGACGCCUACUGAGACUUCCAUGGCGUUGACUUCGCUGCGGAAAGAAUUGAUGAAGCGGCUGGACGCGCAAGACUGCCUCUUGCGGGAGAUCCUUUGCAAGAGCGUCAGUGGCUAUGCCCCGUCAGCCUCUCGAGGCCCCUCCUCGGCGAGCGUCUCUCUGGAAGAGAGUCUCACCAGCGAGGUUCCCAACAAGGUCGAAGCCACUGAGAGCAUGAUCACGCAGGACAACUUCCAGCUCUUUGACCUGCCACCUCCAGAUGUCAUGGAGAUUCAGUCUCCCUGCUUCACGCCCACCGCCAUCUUCAGCCCUUAUGAUGAAUUUGAAGCUGAGCUCUUUGAAAAGGCCGAGCUCUCGGAGGUCAAGCGUCACCGCUCGCUCUAUGCGCUGGGUAGCAAGGGCAGGUACUCGAUCAAUGGUCCACCUGUCCGACGUUUGCUGAAGGAGACGACCACUGGCUGCCGUCGUCAACUCUUCGCGGGCCCAGGUUUGCCCGCCUGUGAGUUGGAUGAUGCCAAAGCUUCUUGCAGUGAUGCUUUUGGGUCUACUGAGCCUUCUGUUGAAGUACCAGCAAACUUACCUGGCAAUCCUUGGGACCACUACAUUGUGAAGGAUCUCAAAUACGGCUACCGGUGCUUGAAAUGCUCGAAGGUGGGCUAUGUCGCGAACAUCAGGGAGCAAGGGUGCAAAAUUCCAAAGCCUGAUACUUCACCUCGGCCUACCAGUAGUGUUGAUGUGGCUUCCAUUGGCGCAAGUGCUGCAGUGGUUGGAAGUGAACUUUGCAACCAACGUGUCUCUCAAGAGGAUCUCCAGAAAGAGAUGGAGGCUUUGGAAGCAUUGGAGCGUGAGUUGAGAAUCCAAGUCCAAACACAAGAGAUUUUGGAAGCUCAAGAGGCCCAGGAGCUUGCGGAGCUUGAGGAGCAAAUGCGGGAACUCGAGCUGUACGAAACAGAAGAGCAGCAGCUUGAAUGGGCUUUGAAGGAGUCCUUGGAGGAAGCAACUGCAGCAAUGGAAGUUGAAGAGGCCAAACCCAAGGAGGAGCUUGUGCCGCAACAGGCGCCUCCUGGUUCAGCAAACCCUCCCACGGAGGCAGCAUCUCGACCAAAGAGAUUGAGACCUAUGGCAGAUGAAAGUCUGCCGGAAGCUUCACCCUCUGUGCCACCAAAUGGCUCUGCCACAGAACCUCCCGCCAAAAGGCCGGCAACUUCAGCUCCUGCCGAUGAUGGCGUGGCUGCACCAGUUCAUGAGGAUGUUGAGGACCUUUGGAUCAGAAAGCGCUAUAUCCAGUACUGGAGCAAGUUCAAGAAGGUUGCCAAACCGCAACAGCAGGUCACCGCGCACCCGGAGGUUUGCCUGGACAACAUGGAGACAUUGCCCAUGGAUAUUGAUCUGCGAGCUCCGGAGGAUCUUGCUGUUGUUGCUGCUGGGCAACCUGCAAAAGAAUUGAUUGUGACGGAGGACGGCGACAAAAAGGAGAUCAACAAAGAGGUGAAAACCAAUUCGCCAGUCUCGACAACUUCAACAACAGCUACUGAGCAUGGUUUGGAGCGUCCUGAAGUGCUCGACCAGCUGUCUCCUAUUGCGCCAGCUGAUCAACGCAAAAACUUGCCUGCAAAGCGACGUCGCAAGAAGGGAGCUGAGAAGGAGGAGACGGCUUGCGGCAAGAAGUCAUCAAAGGACAAGUCCAACAAGCUUGCCAAGCAGUCAAAGUCUGACAAGCCAAAGAAGUCUGACAAGAAGUCUAAAGGCAAGCCUUCGGACAAGUCCGGGAAGUCCAGGAGGUCCAACAAGAGUUCGAGCAGCAAGAAAGCAUCAUCUUCUGAGAAUCUCCUGAGUGAUGCAAGCAAAGCCUCAGCCUCAAGUGGCAAGCCAAAGGCUAAGGCCAAGGCAGCUGCAAAGGCCAAGGGUGAUAAGAGGAAGAGAGAUGAUGCCAAGGGAGAUGACGCCAAGAUCGAAGCAAAGAAGAAGGCAUCCAGGAAGAGUAGCGCCUCUCACAGAGCGAUGAAGGCAGCCUUGAUCGAUGGAAAGAGCGACGAGGAGGCCAAGAUUCUUGCCAAAGCGGUCCUGAUAGCACUGGCCGGGACCUUGACAUACACUGUAGGCUUUGCCCGGAGCCUUCAGAAGCUCUAUGAAGAGCAUCUGCAUGAAUCUUCUGAUCGCCGCGACCUGCGGUACAAACCGCAGAUUGGGGGACUUCUCGAUGACCGGGCUCAGUUUGAGCAAUUGCCCAUGGGAGACCAGUGGGAGGAUGCAAACUUAUUGGAUCCACUGCUUUACUUGUUCCAGUCCAAGAAAGUGAGGUAUCCUAGCGUGCAAUGGGAGAGCACCAUGAGAAGCUUUGUCCUAGAGUACCAGUCUGAGGUGAGCUCAGGACCUGUGGUGGUCGAUGACAGCUCAGGUAAGUUGGCAAUGAUUCUCAACUGCCUGAAGGCUAUGGAGAUUCCCAUCCACGGGAGAACUCCCUGGCCCUUCCGCCUGAUGACCUUCCCAGCAGUUACAGCCAACACCAGUGCUGUAUCGAUCUUGCCGCAGUUUAUCGAUGUUCUGGGUCGAAAAUUGGACAAGAUCCGAGCAGAGCUGGUGGGGCAAAUUCAGACAUUGCUCAAGGAAAUGGAUGGUGCCUACAACUCUUUGACCGACAAGCUCUCCGAGGCCACCGUAAGCCCUGAAACCAUGGACAAGUUCUGGAUCCGACCAAAGCUCCGACGAAGUGGACAAAGACCUGUUCAGGAGCUUUGCCAAAGGGGCCACACCAUCCCAAUCGACAUCAAAGCAGUGGUGGUGCCUGUCAAAAUUGCCAGCCGGAAGGUGCUUCAGAAGCCUUGGCCGGUUUUGCAGCUUUCGGAUUGGGUCAAGGCAUGCUUUGAGCACUAUGGUGGUAUGUUGAAGAUGUUCCCCAAAGGCCUCGGCAAGGGUUUCGAUGCCUCUUUGCUGGGAAAGUGGCUUGCGGAGUUGCUGCCCACUAUCUCCCCUGACAUCGUGACAUGGAAUACCAACUUGGGCGCCAAGCGGCGCAUAUUCUGA